CCCGGUACAAUCUGCCGCCAUCCUCCCUCCACGCUCGCCAUCAGCCCGGCCAAGGGGGCCCUAUCUAGAGCUGAGAGGCAGCUCUCUCUGACCCGGCCGCUAUUGGCAGCCCAACAUGGCAGGAGCUGGAGGAGGAGGGAAUGACAUUCAGUGGUGUUUUUCUCAGGUGAAAGGGGCUGUAGAUGAUGAUGUAGCAGAAGCGGAUAUAAUUUCUACGGUAGAAUUUAACCAUUCUGGAGAAUUACUAGCAACAGGAGACAAAGGAGGUAGAGUUGUCAUCUUUCAACAGGAGCAGGAGAACAAAAUCCAGUCUCUCAGCAGAGGGGAAUACAAUGUUUACAGUACUUUUCAAAGCCAUGAACCAGAAUUUGACUACUUGAAAAGUUUAGAAAUUGAAGAAAAGAUCAACAAAAUUAGGUGGUUACCCCAGAAAAAUGCUGCUCAGUUUUUAUUGUCUACAAACGAUAAAACAAUAAAGUUAUGGAAAAUUAGUGAAAGGGACAAAAGACCGGAGGGCUAUAACUUGAAGGAAGAAGAUGGGCGGUAUAGGGACCCUUCUACAGUUACAACACUACGGGUGCCGGUAUUCAGACCCAUGGAUCUUAUGGUUGAAGCCAGUCCACGAAGAAUAUUUGCAAAUGCUCACACGUAUCACAUCAACUCUAUCUCCAUCAAUAGUGAUUAUGAAACAUACCUAUCUGCAGAUGACUUGCGGAUUAAUCUGUGGCACCUAGAAAUUACAGACAGAAGUUUUAAUAUUGUAGAUAUUAAGCCUGCCAACAUGGAAGAGCUGACAGAGGUGAUAACAGCUGCAGAGUUCCAUCCUAACAGCUGUAACACAUUUGUCUACAGCAGUAGUAAAGGAACAAUUCGUCUGUGUGACAUGAGAGCAUCGGCACUCUGUGACAGACAUUCGAAAUUGUUUGAAGAACCAGAAGACCCUAGCAACAGAUCGUUUUUCUCUGAAAUCAUCUCUUCCAUAUCCGACGUAAAAUUCAGCCAUAGUGGUCGAUAUAUGAUGACUAGAGAUUAUCUGUCAGUGAAGAUCUGGGAUUUAAAUAUGGAAAACAGACCUGUGGAAACAUACCAGGUGCAUGAAUACCUCAGAAGUAAACUUUGUUCUCUGUAUGAGAAUGACUGCAUUUUUGACAAAUUUGAGUGCUGUUGGAAUGGAUCAGACAGUGUUGUCAUGACGGGAUCUUACAACAAUUUCUUCAGAAUGUUUGACAGAAACACAAAGCGAGACAUCACCUUAGAAGCAUCACGGGAAAAUAAUAAACCUCGCACCGUUUUGAAGCCCCGCAAAGUCUGUGCGAGUGGCAAGCGAAAGAAGGAUGAAAUUAGCGUUGACAGCCUAGACUUCAACAAGAAGAUACUACAUACAGCCUGGCAUCCCAAGGAAAAUAUCAUUGCUGUAGCUACUACAAACAACUUGUAUAUAUUUCAAGACAAAGUGAAUUAGGGUUGGCAUUCCUAACAGAAGAGUCCACUUCCUGCAUAGUUGAGAUAGUUGAAUCUAGCAUUUGUACCUGUAAAUGAAAGAGAAUAAAAGAGAGAGGUCCAUUGUGGCACCCCUUUCCAGUGUUUAAAAAUGUGCCAUAUGACACACUUUUUUUUAGCUACAUGGAGAAAGCUCUGUUGAUCCAUCACAGUGGUGUUCUCCAUGUUUGCUAGCCAUUUAGGUGAGGGUAGGGCACUUUUUAAUUUAAUGACUACUUGCACCAUCUUGCCUAAUGGACUAGAUUGGACUGUAUCAACAUUGGUUUACUCCACUUUUUAUGCCUUCCAUUGUGAUGACGUCAAACACAGGGAAAGCCUUCAGUCAUGCUAUGGGAUUUAAUUGUGUAACCUCAUUACUGUAUCAUUUGUGGCCCUUUUUUAUUAAAUGCAGCUCAUUC